GGGGCCGGCGAGGAGCCCGUCGUGUCCCUGGCCGAGGUGCUGGCGGAGAACGAGGAGCUGGAGCAGGAGGCGCGCGCCGUGCUGGGCGGCAGCGACCACGAGCGCUGCAGCUACGCGCAGGGCGCCGUGAAGCGGCAGGCGCUGUACGCGUGCGGCACGUGCACCCCGCCGGGCCGCGAGCCCGCCGGCAUCUGCCUCGCGUGCAGCUACGAGUGCCACGGCUCGCACCGCCUCUUCGAGCUCUACACCAAGCGGAACUUCCGCUGUGACUGUGGAAACAGCAAGUUCGAGAAUUUGCAGUGCAAGUUACUUCCCGAAAAGGGCAAGGUGAAUUCGGGAAAUAAGUAUAAUGACAAUUUUUUUGGAUUAUACUGUACUUGUAAAAGACCUUAUCCUGAUCCCGAAGAUGAGAUUCCAGAUGAAAUGAUCCAGUGCAUCGUUUGUGAAGACUGGUUCCAUGGAAGGCACCUCGGGGCCGUGCCUCCCGACAGCGGAGACUUCCACGAGAUGGUCUGCCAAGCCUGCAUGGAGCACUGCCCUUUCCUGUGGGCCUACGCCUCGCAGCUAGCAGUUCCUCCUUUGACCAAAGUGACUUCCGUUGAAGAUGAAGGGAUUGUCCUGAAUGUUGAGGAAAGUGAAGAACAGAAAAAAGAAAUAAAAACAGAAAGUGGACCAGAGCACCAAGAAACGGAGGAGGGGAAGCCAACAGACCAGCUUAAUGAGCCCUCUACCAGCUCUGGCUCUUCCUGCCCCGAGACAGUUCCUAAGAGCGAAGAACCAGUCUGCAAGCUGAAAGAACUCCAAAGGAAGCCAUUUUUAAAAAAAGAUACUGCCACCUUUUGGCCAUCAAACUGGAGAAGCAAAUUAUGCACAUGUGAAGCCUGCUUGAAAAUGUACUCAGAGCUUGAAGUCCAGUUCCUGACAGAUGAAUGUGACACUGUCUUGGCCUAUGAAAAUAAAGGUACCAGUGACCAAGAAACUGACAGGAGAGACCCCUUAAUGGACACCCUUAGCAGUAUGAACAGAGUCCAGCAAGUAGAACUCAUCUGUGAAUACAACGAUUUAAAGACGGAACUGACCGACUAUCUCAGGAGAUUUGCAGACGAGGGAACGGUUGUUAAGAGAGAGGACAUCCAGCACUUCUUUGAGGAGUUCCAGUCACGAAAGAGGCGACGGACUAACAGGAUGCAGUACUACUGUAGCUAGAGGCAGCGCUCCGAGGCGGCAAGACCCCCGGGGAAGACCAGGAUCCGCUGGCAAACAACAAGGGCAACUUUAUGGUUGGCCUUUCCUCAGCACUCUGCUGCCCAAGAAACUGCCUCCACCUUUUCCCUCAUUUUGUUUCUCUUUUCCCAUUAUUGGCAGUGCACACGUGUUCUUCACAGGCACACUGCAGAGCGGUUCAGCUAUAUGGAUUUCAGCACUGAGCUCCUCUGCAUUUAUUGGAAAGCUGGCCUUGUUUCAAAAGGGCAGGAUUGCUUGUUAAAAGCAACUUCAGGCUAGUGUUUCUUCCCUUUAUUCUUUAUCCCACUUUACUUUCAGUGCCUAGAGCUGUGUACACCGCACUAAAGCAUAGGGCUCUCUGCCCGCCCUGCUUUCUCUAUGGAAUUCUACAAGUGGGAAGGAGGAGGCAGUGUGUGUUAGCAGUGAUGCUCCUCGGUUCAAAUCCCACUGGAUGAAGCUGCAUCUACAGUUUGGUUCGUAUCAUGUGAGCUAAAGGGCACUGGAUGUCACGUGCUAACCAGGGGCUGGGGGAACCUUCCCUCAGCGCACCAAAAAACAGGAAUCAUGAGUUGGUCUUGAUACAGCAGAAUGUUGUAUCUAUUUUUUUUAUUCAAAAACUAUUUCUAGAUAUUGUACAGUGAUGUUUUACAUGCAAAAGUUUGUCUUGUGAAAUGUAUCCUCUCACUAGAAUGUAAAUGAUGCCUAGUAGGAGGUACUACAUUACAAAUUAUGUAUUGGGGGUUUGUUAAAGGAAUUUUAAUAUGCUCUUGUUUUAAAAACUAACCUACUUUAAAAUUAACCUAUUUCGUAACUGCUCCUAAAAUGUUGCAGCAUCCUGGCAUUUUGCUACAGUAUAAUGUGUGCGAUCUUUUUAUAAUCACUGUGAUAAUCAAGGAAUAGAAAAUGUUUCACUGACUUAACAAGCUAUCAUUAACUAAAACUAGCUCCUGACUUUCCCAUGAGUCAUUUUGAGCUUAAAGUAGUUUUUAGUUUUCCUUUUCCCACAAAAUCCCACAACUCCCUCAAGGAAAGAGUAGUUUUUCACUCCCACCCUCAGCAGCUGGAGGAUUUGCUUAUCAUGAGCUAUCAUUCUGCUCCCCUGUUAAGAUUUCUUAGAAGAAAAUUCAGCUUUUAUCAUUCUUUGUUAAUUCUUUUUGGCCAGCUUGUUUGCAAAAGCGAACUCUAGCAUAAAGACUCAGUUAAUUUGUUUUAUGCAAGUAUGACUAGUUGCUUUCGACUCUAACUCUGGGUAUUGUAUGUGCUUUUUCUUUUGUAGCAACUAUUAUGGGAGUUGUAACUGCAUACCUAAG